UUACAAGAAGAAGAAGAGAGCUGACCGUUGUGUGGCGCUUCGGAAAAAAUACCCAAUUCACUCUUCCUUCAUUUUCAAUUCCCAUUUCCUUCAAUUUUUUCAAAUUCUCUUUGGAGCAUUUAAUCAAACACCUUCAUCCUUUUCUAUUUAAUUUCAAUUUCUAUAUAUAUGCACCUCUAAUUCAAGCUGCUUUAACACCUCUUGGACUCCCAAGAUCUUCUUCUUCUUCAAUCCUUCUUUACUUCGUCUGUUCAGCGUCAGGGCUAUUUCACCUUAUGAACAGUAUGCGAGAUGAGAAAGAGGAAAAUAUGCGUCAAACUGGGAAGAAAGUUGCAAUCCGUGCAGAAUCUAGCAAAUCCUGUUUUUCCAAGAGAGAUACAGAAUCUAGCAAAUCCUGUUUUUCCAAGAGAGAUACAGAAUCAGAACUCAUUGCAUCAUGGAAGCUAAAGAAAGGCAGCAAAAUAUCGAAGGUUGAAAAGCACAAAUCUAAAUCUCAUGUAAAGACAACCAAGUCAACCCUGAUAAAAAAGAAAUUUCCUGAGUCUCCAAGCAAGGGAACAGGGAAUGACUCUGGAAGCAAAAAAUCCAUUAGUAGAAAACUUCUGCAUAAAAAGCUCGAUAAAAUCUCUUCCAAGAAGCUUGCAUCUUUGAAGCUUCAAGGUAAAAGUUCCUCACUUGUUAAUUCUAAGGGGCAUGGAAAAGUAAUUAAUGGUGAUGCUGAAACAAAGAAUCAAACGAAGAAGAAGAAGAGGCAAAAGGAGAAGGUGGAGCAAGAUGAAGCCUCACGCUUGCAGAGGAGAACAAGGUACCUAUUGAUUAAAAUGAAGCUGGAGCAGAACCUCAUUGAUGCUUAUUCUGGUGAAGGUUGGAAAGGUCAGAGCCGAGAAAAGAUAAAGCCAGAGAAGGAACUGCUGCGUGCAAAGAAGCAGAUACUCAAGUGUAAACUUGGAAUUCGUGAAGCUAUUCGGCAGCUUGAUUCUCUUAGUUCAGUCGGAUGUAUUGAAGGUUCUGUCAUUGCUCCAGAUGGAUCUGUUCACCAUGAACAUAUUAUCUGCGCCAAGUGCAAGUUGCGAGAAGCCUUCCCAGAUAAUGACAUUGUACUCUGUGAUGGAACAUGUAAUUGUGCUUUCCACCAAAAAUGCCUUGAUCCUCCAUUGGACACUGAGUGCAUACCUCCAGGAGAUCAGGGCUGGUUUUGCAGAUUUUGUGAAUGUAAGAUGGAAAUAAUAGAGGCUAUGAAUGCUCAUAUCGGGACCUGCUUCUCUGUUAACAGCAAUUGGCAGGAUAUUUUCAAAGAAGAAGCUGCUUUUCCUGAUGGUGGGAGUGCAUUGUUAAAUCAAGAAGAAGAUUGGCCUUCAGAUGAUUCUGAAGAUCAUGAUUAUAAUCCAGAAAGGAGGGAGAACAGCUGCAGCAUCAGUGGGGCGGAAACUGAUGAUGAUGCAAGCAGUUCUACCAGCUUGAGCUGGUCUUCAGAUGGUGAAGCUUUUUCCAAAUCUAUGAGGUGGGAGAUGGAGGGCAAUGACAAUAAGCAGUAUUCAGGUGAUAGUAGUAUAGGUUCUGAUGAAAACAGUGAUGGGGAAAUUAUCUGUGGCCGUCGACAGCGAAGGACAGUCGAUUAUAAGAAGUUAUAUGCUGAAAUGUUUGGAAAGGAUGCUUUGGCAUAUGAGCAGGUUAGUGAAGAUGAAGAUUGGGGUCCUGCAAAGAGAAGACGGAGAGAAAAGGAGUCAGAUGCGGUGAACACCCUUAUGACUUUGUAUGGAAGUGAGGAAAAAUGCCCAAAUGUUAAAGCCAUAGAAGUGAAGGAGAAACUUUCUUCUGAUGCAAAAAUUAGGAGGCCAUUCUUCAGAAUUCCUCCCAAUGCAGUUGAGAAGCUUCGCCAAGUGUUUGCUGAGAAUGAACUUCCCUCUAGAACUGUCAAGGACAACCUUUCCAAAGAGUUGGGUCUUGAACGUGAGAAGGUUAACAAAUGGUUUAAAAAUGCAAGAUACAUUGCGCUAAAAACAAGAAAGGUAGAGGAAGGAAACCAACUUCAUAAUGCUCCUAAAAUCUCCAAUGAACCGAGAUUGAAAGAUGCCUUAAAAGAAAAUGUGUUAUGCACACCAAAGAAUGUGAAGAGGAUCAAACAGAGAAAGGAUUCAAAAUCGCUGAGCAGUGGCUUGAAGAAAAAUCAACACAAAAGACCUUUAGAAUCACCUGCAAAUAGCAAUCAGGUAAGUGUUGAGUUGAGCGACGAUGUGAGCUUAAAGAAGCUUCUUAAAGCAAAAACAAAGAAGGACAAGAGAAAGGUCAAUUUUAUGACUGGCAUCGGAUUACAAGCAGCUGAAGCAGAGAUGGAAAGACUUUGUAAGGUUAAGGAUAGACUAGAAUUUUUGAAAGAGACAUUAUCCAGAGUUCAAAAUAGAAAUGGUAGGAAGUCAAGUAAAAGCCAUGUACAUGAUGAGUCUGUGAUUUAUGUUCCACUAGCAGAACUAAGGGAAAAAAUUUGACAUUGUUGAAGUUAUCUAUUAAUUGCAAGCAUUUUUUCUACAGUUUUGCAGGUGGUAAUUUCAAUGUAGCUUCUUU